ACGGGCGGGAACUUGAAAUCGAAAUUUGGAUCCUCCGAAAGCGUAUAAAUACCGCAGUUUGGCGGGAUAAUAAUCAUAACUCGGGAUCAGAACUGUCGUCACGUAAAUUCGACAGUGGAGGACUCUAGAGAGAUACAAAUCAAAACUUGGCACUACCAUUAAUCAUUGGAUGAAGAAAAUGGACGAACACUCAAAUAGUUGUGUUGCAGAGAGUUCAAGGGAACCUGACAUGGUACUCUAUGACCAUCAAUCAGAAGGAGAACUUCCUACCCAAGUCCAGACUCCACUGGACAUCAAGAACCUUGGCGAUCCUCCUCCACCACGCCCAGGCAUCAAUACUGAAGAGACUGUUGGAGCUACUACAGAAGGGACAGGUCCUGGAGCUCAAGCCCCAGACCAAGAUAUCGCUGAUAUUUGCAUUCCACCAAGUGGCGAUCCAUCUCUUCAGGAUGGUAGCUAUAUAGAGGAAGAGGACCCUUCUCCGCCCCAUAGCCUCUCUUCCCUAAAUGAUAAUGUUACAUAUCUACCUCCUGCAGGUGAUGCAGGAGGUGAUAUCUUUACCCAGAUAUUGUUUCGACCAAAGAACCUCUCUUCCAAUAAGGAUGAAGUUCGUUUUUUCGAUCCAUCUCUUCAUGAUAAAAGCAUUGAAGAGGAAGGGGAGAUUUCUCUGCCCCUUAGCCUCUCUUCCCUAGAUGAAGAGGUUACGUAUCAGCCUCCUGCAAAUAAUACAGGAGAUGAUAGCGGUUAUCACGAGUUUAAUGCUAUGGGUAUGGAAAGGGAGAAUAUAAAAUAUGAUGAGGGGGAGGAGAUAUUUUCUCGUCCAAAGAGCCUCUCUUCCAAUGAGGAUGGAGUUCUUUCUCGAGCACCUGACGAGUUAUAUCAGGUCAGAAGCACCUCUAAAAUCGACAGUACUGUUAUGAUGUAAAGAAAGAGAAUUCUGAAAUUAAGAAAGAAAAUUCUGCACUUAAAAGAGAGAUUGAUCGACUUAAGAUCGAAAUGUCUAAGCUUAAACAGGCAGGUCGCGAAGAUCUCAUUGAUCAUAAAGCUUUGAGAAGUGAUACAACUUCCUUUCAAAAGGAAGUCAUGUCACCGAAAGCAGCUCUGAAUGCAUCUGUUUUUCAGGCUGAUGAUAUGGCACAGUUGGCUACACAGGAGGAGUAGGAAUCCUCGAAGAAUACAUUGACCACAGAGGUGCAGAGUAUGUUAAGCUUAUAGCAUACCAGUUUGUCAAAUAUGAAUGCAAGCUUGAUCUCUUUGCAAAGUAAAUGAAUUGAGAGUUGAGUUGUCAAUAAAUCGAUAAAUAAUCAGACGAUGCA